UGAUGAGGGAAGACAUUUGAAAAUCUGUGAUUUUGCAACUGCUAAACUUCUUGAUGAUGCAGCAUUUACUGAUACAAUGGUUGGAACUCCUUAUUACUUGGCACCCGAAGUAAUAGAAGGUAAACAUUCAUUUGAAUGCGAUGUGUACAGUUUUGCUGUUACUCUGUGGGAGAUGAUCACACGACACAAACCAACUCUUGAUCUCAAUCAGGAGGGACAACCUCAUCCUUAUAAUGUCUUCCGUGCAAUAGGAAAAGGAGCAAGGAUGCCCACUAUUAUAGGUAUACCAAAGUUUCUAUGGGAGCUAGUGACAAAGUGCUGGGCACAACAACCUGUUGAUAGACUGUCCUUUGCUGAGAUUGUUAGGAAAUUAAAGAGAGUACCUUACAAAUUUAAAAAUGAGCCAUUAUUAACUCGUUAG